UUUUACGAGCGUUGGCCAUAAUGUUAAUCACAAUAUGAAAACAAUGACAUUAAAUCAUGCCGAUAGAGAAUGAACUCGAUUCCAGGAAACGCUAGGAUACUGUAAUCAAUACUUCAAAGAUUCCAAGAAAGGAAAACUGGUUUCGUUUAGGGAAAUACCCUUUGAGUCAUCACCUGUGCACCAAUAAUAUUUCACCACGCGUUUAAUGACUCUGCUAGGGGAUUUUUUUUAUUCCAUAACAUUCGACUUAAGUCGAGUAAGCAGCUUUUUAAAAGUCUCCUCAGCGUUAUUCACAAAAGCAACUAUCAAGCGUCUUACUGCAGUAAAGAUAAUCAAUUUGAAGCCAGUUCUCGAUGGAUUUUGAAGUUGAUCGAAUUCGAGGUCGUCCGUCGGGUAGACAAGACUGACGUUCUUCUCCACGACCCUCUCUUGGUGACAGUCCUGGACUUUGAUAGACGUGCUCUGGAUCAACUUGCACAUGGGUUGUAUUUGGCGGUCACUUAUGCAUAUGAUCACGCUCCAGGAAUAAGCAAAAAAAGGUUCUUCGUAAAUCAAUCCGGGAAGCCUGUGAACCCAUCGCAAAGCGAAGGAGGCAAUGAUGUUUAUUGCCUCUUGAAACACAUCCAAGAAAACGCCGAAACCUAUUCGGAAUUAUUGAAUAAAGACGAGGAUGAAAUUGAGGAAACAUCCAAGUUCCUUCGAGAAAAGAUAAGGAAUGCAAUGGCUCACCAGACGUACCUGAAUUGUCCCGGUCUUUCUGAUCCAAACAGCCAUUCCAGUUGUGUCUUAGACAAGACACAAACUACCGAAAAAUGUCUAGAUGAGUGUGCCAAACUGCUGCAAUGGGUUGUUUACGCUGAUUUUUAUCGAAAUAUCAGAGGGAAGGUUACUAAAGUCCUUCAAAACAUCAAGAACAUGAAGAGUCCAGUUUUCGAGGAUUUCAAGCAAGUAAAGCAAUCUAUUACAGCCAGGCAAGCAAACUACUUAAAUACCCAGAAGGCUAAAGAACUCCUGCAAAAUUUACUUCAAGAACUAGAAAACGAGGAGGAUUGUGAUGAUACUACUGAUGACCGCCCAGUAACACAUCUAAUCAACAUGGUUUUGGCCCCCAGGAUUAAAGUAACCAAGUACUAGGCAGUGCUCCCAUCUACAAUCGCUUUUCUAAAUCCCCCGAAAAAAAGAAACAAUUAAACAGCAUAAAAAGGAAGCUAAAAACGCCGUAUAAAAAGGCUUGGCAUCAUCACGUGAUACAACCAUGAUCGUAGGCACAAUAAUAGAUUCUUUCUCAGGGAAACCGAAAUCCCUACCUUCUCAUGUAAAUCAGACUAGAUUUCAAUUUGGCUUAUUUGAGCCAAAUGAAAGGGUUACUUUGCAUAAACAAAUAGUUUUCAUUUGUAGUGAAGAUUAACAAGGUGCUGUAUUUGUUUAAUUUAGAGGCUUUGCACCAUCAUGUGAUGGCAACCAUGAGAGGAGCCACAACAAUAGCCUUUUCCCCUGUAUGGGAAUACGGAAUUCUUUCUCAUUUAAUCAGAUUCAACGAGAUUCAAUUGUUCCUGCCUCCUGUCAUGGCUGCCGUCACGUGAUGGUGGAAAGCCUCUAUUGAGCCAAAUCGAAAUGCUUCAUGGGUCGUAACGAGCGAGUACCGAGUCUUUUGACCUUAGUCCUGAUCGUCGGGUUGUAAAAACUUUUCCCUUCCAAAUCCCAACCUCACGAUCCAGUUCAGAAUUUUAUGUAGUCGUUCUUUUACAAGACAGGAAUACGUCUUAAAGAAAAGAUGUUGCCUUUGCAAUGAUAUAGAUUAGUACAAGAUAUAGUGAUUAUUCAUAAGGCUGGAACGGCCAACAUUUAUUGCCUGGGGGUGGGGGUCGAUCAGAGUAUUUUUCUUAUGACACUAUAAUGAUUCUCUAUUUUUAUGAUUUUUUAUGACCCACCUGUACUAGUGGUUGCUACUUCCUCAUUUCUGUGUGAUCCCCCUCCCUUUGAUGCUUGUCUUAUUUCUCUCCUUUCCUUCGAGGGUUUUUCUCCCGCAAAAAUCAAAUUCUGAAUUCUAUAAAUUUGAUCUAGAAAGGACCUAGAUGAAAAUUACUCUGAGUAAUUCUAGUUACCCUACCAAAUUGUGUAGUUUCUUUUAAAUGUGUAGCUGAUUCAGUUGCCUCUAAAAACCAUGUGAUCCUUCUAAAGCCUUCCACUGCUUCCCCCCACCCCCCACCCCCUCCAAACACACCACAGGCGAUAAACAAUAACAUGCAGUUCAUAUAAAGCUAGCUUAGUCUGAGACUGACUUCUAAGACUAAUACCGGAAAAAGGCGAGAUAUCGUAUAUCGGAUCAAGCCAUUGGGAUCAACAGAACAUAUUGCCUUACUGUUUGUGCGCCAUAUACGGGGGAAAUUCAUUGGACUGCCAGUACCAACCUUAAUCAAAUAUGGAUUUUUUAAAGCUUUCAAAGUUGGUUUCUGUGUUUUUUUUCUUUUGGUUUUUGUGUUCUUCUGGACGGCGGCAAGACGGGUUGGCUCACCCAGUAGAUAAUUUUGCAGAUAAAAGCUUGAAUGUUUCUGCUUCUCGUGUGUGUAAACCAGGUCCAUCUUUAACAAAUGCACCACAAACCAAAAAAUGCCUCGUAAUAGGAGAUUCAGUGAGUAUUGGGUACACACCGUGGUUAGAGACAUCUUUACAAAACCUCUGUCAAGUAUACCAUGCCCCCUGGGACACAGCUGACGGUGGCGCACUGGACACGAAAUACGCCGUCGAAUGUCUUUCCCUUUUCCUUGCCAGUAAUGUACUACAAAAAAUCCAGUAUGACGUAAUCGUCUUUAAUUUUGGCAUACAUGACGUCAACUAUGAUGGCUUUCCAGAAGAAUUCACUGAUGAAAAGAUGUAUCGAAAGAAUCUGAUUUCUAUCAAGGAAUCUUUACAAGCGACAGGUAGUAAGAUGGGAUAUGUUUUGACCACCCCUAUUCCUUAUAAUAUCACUAUUAAUGAUCGAGUCAAGAGAUACAACACGGUGGCUAGACAAGUGAUGGCUAGUGGACAACCAGUACCAACAGCUGAUCUCUAUAACUGGGUAGUUUUGGUGUGUGGAGAACCACCUUAUAAUAGCUGUGUGAUUGCUGACAAGCAGCCCAGCCCUCAUUACACGAGGCAGGGCUAUAAGUACCUAUCUGUCUUGGUAGAAGGCCUUUUUCGGGACCUGCAAAUAGAUAUUAAUCGAAAUGGAACAGAAUUUCUUACAGAACGAAAACAUGGAAUCAAAGCUCAAGUAUCAAACCAUAUAAAUCAGUUGAUUAAUAAGAAGCACCCAAACAAGGACACAUCUUUUCUGUCGUGCAAAGACACAACAGGAAAGACCGUAACAAAAUGCCCACAGACGAUGACAUGCAGUCCGUGUAAGUAUUCCAUGACUGGAUGGGGCUGCUGCCCUUUGAGCAACGCGGUCUCGUGUAAAGAUGGGAGGCAUUGCUGUCCCGAGGGGUACGAGUGUGACCCGCUGUGCACUAUCGAGCUGUGCUUCUGCAUUAAAGAAGAAAACGACGACACCAUCAACAAGAUUUAAAAGUUUACUGCUGAAAACUUUAUUAUUAGUUAUUCACACAUAAAUAAUGCUGUCUUUUAUGUCCUCCUCUAUUAUGUAUUUAUCUUUCCCGCUAUAUUACACCAGCCUCUGUUCCUCUACCUCUAGACAUAUCUCCAUAAUUGAAUCCCCUUCUUUAACAAAGUAAAUUCCUUGAACCUGUCAACUAGCUCCCAAGUUAUCCACGCUAAUGCUUUCUUUUACCUCUUCCUCUCUUAUACCUGCCUUUCCAUUUAUAUUUACCACCUUUAUUCCUACCAUUACCCCUGGAUUUCCGCCUUGAUUCGCUACCCUUAUUGAAGAAUGCGAACUGGUUGCUAAAGUCUACACAGCUACCACUGUCUUCACCAAUCAACUUAAAUGUCUUGACGGGAGAAUCACCAAUUUCGUCUGAAUCCAUUUCUAUAGUCUGUUCUGAUGAACCAGCUGUACCUUGCUUUACUGAUGACCUCGACCUAGGAAAAUAUCAGUCAUUAUCAGUCAUUAUCAUAGCGUCCCUUAACAUAAAGCUGUGGUGACCCUUCUGCUAGAGCUGUUAGACUUUCUCAUUGGUGGCGUGAAUACCUUGCCAUCAGAAUAAAAGGACUAAAAAGACGAAGCCGCCAUGUUGGUUGACACAAGACACAUCGAAACCAAAUCUUUUGUCAAAGUCAACCAAAAUGGCGGCUAUGAUGUCACAUGCACCCCAAUAAUUUUUUUUGCGUAGAAGGGAACGGACUAGUACAACCCGCCAGUUCAUUGUAUAUCGGAAUCUUGAAUUUUGCGAAACAUUUUGCCUAAACAAAAAAAUGCAGAUUUUUACGAAAAGCUUACAAAAGAUCAACAGAAGAUUAUUUACCUGCUUCUAAUGUCGGAAUUGGCUGUAUCGCACGAACCUUUUGGAAGGAAAUUAAGAAAAAUAAUUCAAUUAGCACUUAAAUAAUUAAUGCACCAGUAAAAACUCGGGUAAAUCUGAAUGCUCAUCAGGUAAAUCGCAAGUUCUCAAUAGAGAUUUUAAGUAUUCCAGGUCCAAAACGAAAACCAGUUCUAUUUAAAAGCUCUUCUAUAGUAGUAGUAGUAGUAUUUUUUAGGCUGACAGCACGUUUGUCCCCAGUCAUGUGUUUGACCGCCAUUUGGAGCAAAUGAGAUUCAAAGACUUUUACCAGCUGAUUGAAAUACAGCAAUACACUGUUUUCGCAAGGUUGAGUGCGCAUCCAACUUGACGGGCCACAAAAUUGAAAAACGCAAAUUCAGUAAAAUUGAGAAGACAGUUUUAUAUUUAGGGAGGAGAAUAAUCGAUUUUAUGAAUUCUUAUCGAAAAUUUCAUAGCACUGCAUGAUAAUACUCGUGUUCUGAUAUCGUGGCCCGCCAAGUUCCUUGAAUUUGGAUGCGCAAGCAACCUUGAGAAAAUGGUCUAUAGUUAAUUACCUUUUCCAGGAGUAACAAGAAAUUCUCCUUUCUUUUCCAAACACGUGUCUGUGUGAUUCUUGUAGUCUUCCUUAGGAAUUUUCUUAAAGCAAAUAAAGCAACUUUCAAAAUCA